CGGCCGCCCGAUUUCCCGAUAUUUACAACAUUUCGUUCCCAUUUUUCAUUCGAAGCUUUGUGAAGUGAUCAUAAAAAUGGCGAAGCAUCAGAUCUGGUUCGCGUUUGCCGCACUGGCCUUAUUUUUGUCUUCGGCAGUGGCCGACGAUGUUGUAGUGUUGACGGAGGAAAACUUCGAGGACGAAGUCGGCCAAGAUAGAGGAGCUCUGGUUGAGUUCUACGCUCCUUGGUGUGGGCACUGUAAGAAGCUUGCGCCAGAUUAUGAAAAGCUUGGAAGCAGCUUUAAGAAAGCAAAAUCUGUUUUGAUCGGAAAGGUCGACUGUGAUGAGCACAAGGGCGUAUGCAGUAAAUAUGGGGUCUCUGGGUACCCAACAAUUCAAUGGUUUCCCAAGGGAUCGCUUGAACCGCAAAAAUAUGAAGGUCCACGUACAGCUGAAGCCCUUGCCGAGUUUGUGAACAGUUUAGGAGGAACCAAUGUGAAGAUUGCAUCAAUUCCAUCCAUUGUGGUUGUGCUUUCACCAGAUAAUUUCAACGAGAUUGUUUUAGAUUCAAGCAAAGAUGUGCUGGUUGAAUUUUAUGCACCCUGGUGUGGCCACUGCAAGAACCUUGCUCCAAUUUAUGAAAAGGUGGCUGCAGCAUUUAAAUUGGAAAGUGACGUCGUAAUCGCUAACUUAGAUGCUGACAAAUACAAGGAUUUAGCUGAAAAGUAUGGCAUUAGUGGUUUCCCUACAUUAAAAUUCUUCCCAAAAGGCAACAAAGAUGGUGAAGACUACGAUGGUGGCAGAGAUGUUGGUGACUUUGUUAAUUUCAUCAACGAAAAGACCGGGACCAAUCGUGACGUGAAGGGACAACUUACAGCCAAUGCUGGUAUAGUUGCUAGUUUAGAUUCAUUGGUGAAAGAGUUUGUAGCUGCUAGCAAUGAUGCAGAGAAAAAGAAUGUUUAUUCCAAGAUGGAAGUAGAAGUUGGAAAGCUCAGCGGAUCACCUGCAAAGUAUGGGAAGAUAUACUUGAAAUCUGCUAAAAAAUGUCUGGAGAAAGGUGGUGAUUAUGCCAAGUCCGAGAUCGAAAGGAUCCAGCGCAUACUCGAGAAGGCGGUAAGCCCAGCAAAAGCAGACGAGUUCACCUUGAAGAAAAACAUUCUCUCAAGUUUUGUUCAAUCUUCUUAAUUUGGCGGCAAUUAGUUGUGGAGUUCUUCAUGGCCAUACCGUUUUCCUGUUCCAUUUAUGAGUAGUAGGCAUAGGUACAUCAUGUUCUUGAGAUCUUUGUUUUACAAAAGAACUCCCACAUGGCUUCUUGGGCUCUGAGUUUAUUUAGUAUUCUAUUUUGUUUUCCUUCACA